AUGCCUUCCGCCAAUCUGUCCGCGAUCUUCCAACCAGGCAUGCUGUCCCACCCCCAGCACGAUAUGUCCCCAGAGGAAUAUAAGUUGAGUCAGGAUGUGUUGAUCUUCUUGAUUGAGAAUCAGGAUCACUUCCUGUUCGGAAUGAGUGGCACCGCGGCCGAUGAACAGACCAUGAAAGAGGUCGAGGGGGGCAUGCCACGAGCCGCAUCACAUCCGACUGUCCGGCGGUCGGUAUCCAACGCUAGUGCGAACACCGAAAGUCAUCGCAAGUUGGAUAGUAUCCGACGAAAUGUCUCCGUAUCAUCGCGCAAUUCCCGUCAUUCCAACAACGCCCAGAGCCCCGUAACUCCCACCUCAAUGACCGCCGGUGGUAGUGGCGGUGGUGUUCAUCGGAGCAACACUCUACCCUCAAAGAUGGGCCCCGUCUUGACUUCUGCUCGUUAUUCACGUGCCAACGACACUGGCUCGAACACCCCUUCCGGCCUCGCCGUUUCUCAUCAGAGUUCUCGGUCAACUAGUCGGACACCGUCGGUGCGCGAAGAGCCCGAAAAGCCUGAGCCGAUCCCCGAGUCAGUCUCUCAUACCGCUCCUCAGCCAGUGCCUGAAAGGACUUCCGAGCAGCGUCCCGAGCAGCGACCCGAGCAGCGGACCCCUAGUCAGUCCACUAGCUCAUUGACCCCAGGUGGAGCCUACGUGCACACGUCAACCCAUGGCCCAUUGCCUCCGGCAGCUGCAGAACGUCUUAGUCUUGGCGAAGCUGCCAGGCCCCAUGAGAAUCUCAACGCCCCGGUCGUCUCGCCCCCGGUUGCCUCACCCCCACAGGUUGUCACCCCGAGCCGUGAGCGCAAGCUUUCCAAUUUCUUCACCAAGUCACCGCCAGCUGAUAGCGAACUGAGAGAACCACGGCAACCAAACCGCUUGAAGAAGAAGCGCAUUCCCGGUAGUGCAAGCAUGAGCGCACAAAGUUCGGCCAAUUCACUCCAUGCUUCGAGUGUAGACCCUAGUGGGGAUCUUGAGCCUAAACACGAAACCCGGUCCAUCGAAGCUGCUGUUGGCGAUACUACCCCGAGACCGCCAAAUGCCGCGACUCUUGGCAAUCGCGAGAACCCUUUUGACUCAAACCCGGCUCUCGCGGAGAGUACCUCGCAACCUCACACCGACCACUCUCUACGACCUAACAAGUCACGCACACCCUCCAUGAACUCCCGUUCAUCGUUCACUGAUCAGUCUGACAUGGACCAGCCUGAUGAUGCCUCUCGCCAUGAAAAUCGUCGUAGUUGGCGGUUCCAUCGGUCGUCCAAGCGCACCAGCGAGCAACUUGGGCUAGGUUUCGCAUCUCCACCCCUGGUAGCGACAAAUCCCCGAGCCGAACAAAGCACCAGUUCAAUCGGCAGCGGACACCACCAAAGCACGGACCUUUCCAGCCACCCACUGAGCUUGGAUGCUGGCAUUCAAAGCGCUCCGUCCACGCCAUCCGAACACGAGAAGAAGAGUUUCUUUGGAAAGUUCAAGGCCAAGGUCGCUCAGGUUGUCAAGGAUGAUCGUGAGCGCACAAAGAGCCCCACCAGAUCGGAGGACGACCCUUCCCUCACCACCCAGCCUCUUUCUCCUAUUGCCACAGAGUCGACAAAUGGCAACCCAGCGCCAGUUGAAGUCCCACAACCGCAUAUUCCCGAGUCGUCUGCACCGGUGGCUGUCGUUGAGGAAAAGUCGUCUGCUCAGCUUCCUGCUACCGAGUCCGUGUUGGCACCAGAAGCAACAGUGUCCCAUGAGACCCCGAAAGAGACCGCAGGACCGUCCACCUCGGCUGCUUGA